AUGCCCCACACCCUUAUCCACUACAAUUCCACAGUUAAUGUCCUGAGAACAAACCCUCCCGUUCUCACCUAUCCCAACCCUUGUCCUAUCCACGCACCACCUGUUCUGUACUUGUAG